UGGAACCAGCUGAGCCAAUAUGCCGCCAUCGCGCCUAGACGGGCUUUAUCGGUCGCUGUUGCUGACCAAGUUCUUCUGCAAGGGCUGGGGCAAGCCAGAAAAUCUCGAAAGACUGUUCGCGUUUCGGAAAAUAAUCUCGAACCGAGCGGCCUGUUCACAACUCGUUCCACGCGACUACCCGGUCGAAAUCACAAAGGAGGAACUGCACUCGGACUGCAAAAUUCUGGAGGGCAAGUUCAUCUCGCCGCUUGAAAUCUACAUGCCCGGAUUGGUGCCGGACGUCGCCCAGCACGCUCACUUCCAGAUCCUGCUGCCCCUGAAGUGGAACGAUGAACGCUUCAAGCCGAUUUGUAUCCAUCUGGCCGGGACUGGUGAUCAUUACUUCUGGAAACGACGUAACUUGAUCGCAAAACCCCUGCUUAAGGAGGCGAAUCUUGGUGCAAUCAUUCUCGAAAACCCAUUCUACGGUUUGCGGAAGCCGAAAGAGCAACGUGCUUCCAGUUUGCAAAAUGUGUCCGACAUUUUUGUCAUGGGAGGCUGCUUGGUACUGGAAUCCCUUGUACUGUUGAAUUGGUGUGAACGGAACGGGUAUGGUCCACUCGGCAUAACGGGUCUCUCGAUGGGAGGCCACAUGGCAUCGUUAGCGGCUACAAACUGGCCGAAACCGCUCGUGCUCGUGCCAUGCCUAUCCUGGUCGACGGCAUCGUCCGUGUUUACCGAGGGCGUCAUGAGCAAUUCCAUUAACUGGGAUGUCCUUGAGACGCAGUACUUCGCCGAUGGCAACUUCCGUGAGCGUCUCUCGAAGAUGGUCACCGUAGUGGAUGACGCAUUUGUGGCCGGCAAGCAUUUCAUACAGAAUUUCAACCAAUCGGUGGAGGAGUUGCGGCUGGACAUUUGCGACACGAAGGAGCUGGUGUGCGGCGAUCCAUCAACGGACGUGAACUUGACCGUAAUUCGCGAAACCACACCGGAAUGCGAGCAGAAUCAGUCGAAAAAUCGAAUUCUCAUCAACCAGUCGAACGCGCUGAAUCUAUCCGAGACGCUGCUGAACAAGCUGUUGUCGAAUGUCCGGUGUGAGCUAACGCAGGAGGAAAUCGACGAGCUGAACUUGAAAAUCCAUCUAGCGCUUAAGCGGCACAACGAAGAGAUGCAAGCCGAAGGAGGAGGCUCGCGUGCUAGCAACAAGCUGAUCCUGGAAGUGAAGCCGGAAGACAAAUCGGAAGCGCUUCCCGUGUCUACCAAAUCGAAACGCAAACCGAUCGACACGACAAAGCAGCGCUGGUGGGAACGGGAGGCGCUGCAGUUCAUGCGCGGGAUGAUGGACGAAUGCACGCACCUUAAGAACUUCUCCGUGCCCUACGACACUUCGCUGAUCAUCGCCGUUUGUGCCAAGGACGACGCGUACAUUCCACGGGACGGGUGCAUGAGCCUGGAGGAUAUUUGGCCGGGAGCCGAAAUUCGCUACCUCGACGCUGGCCAUGUGAGUGCUUACGUGCUGCACCAGAAGCUGUUCCGGUCGUGCAUCGUGGAAGCGUUCGAACGGGCAAAGAAGAAAUGGGACCCGGAGGAAGGACAGCUGCGUGGGGAAGUAUGUGGUGCCUUAACGGAACCAAAGAUCGACAACGUCCCUGAGAGUCCGGCGAAAUAAUCGGUGGCCUAAGCCAGGAAGAACCAUCGGGUUCGGGACUACCAAAGAACACGCGAGCUGGCAGAGUUGGUGGCGAUUUUCCGCAAGGUCUUGGCCAAAUGGUUAUGGGACGGGCUGCAAACGGAACCGGAGUGGAAGUGCUGUACCUUUGCUCCCGUAACGUAUAAACGAGACUUAUCGCGUGUGGUCGUCAUCGGUUAUCUGUCGAGAGUCAUUAGUAAGUCAAAUGCACAAUUCGCAUCGAUGAGAUAAAACUAUUGUCUCUACGAUUGCGCAAUACAUGUGCUAAAGAAGUCAUGAAUCGAACAGCGCAAUAUGUGAGGUUUUCGGGGCGUUGUUCCGAGCAUAUGCUGUAUACAUUGAGGUGUGAUUGUGAUAAUAGUGCGUAUGCACAAACGAGAGAGGCAGAGAGAAAAAAGAUAUGCUAUUAUGUAUUUUAUUCACCUAUUAUGAAAAAAAAACCAAAAUGAGCGAAAAACAAAGAGUUAGGUUAGGACAAAGGGUGAAUAGGAAUAUCUAAUGUUUAGAUAAAGGUUUGCUUUACCCAGGCCAGAGAACGAGACUGAAUUUGGAAGGUGUUUGCCGUUUGGCGAAACGCGUCUUUUUCCAUAUCGAGACGCGCAAAACGAUCAUUUUGUGAACUUCAAUUGAGUACGAGUAUUUUUCUUUUGAAUGAUUUAGUAUCCACACCACUCUAUAACAUAGGAUAGCUGUAGCGAGUUAGGUGCAUUCAUUCACUACUGUCGUGAAUGGUUGUUUGUUGAUCAGUUCAAUGUUUCAGAUGGUUUAAUAUUGAUAUGCAGGCCUUUUGACAGCUUAGGUUUGUUGCUAAGCUUUAAUUCAAUAAUGCUUUGAAAUACAUUUUAAACAUCGA